GGAAGUAAGAAAGUGUUUGUUUGUAUUUAUGGGGUUGUUGUUUCUGCAUCCAUGCCACGGAAACCUUCACGAUGAUUCUGAUAAGGAUCAAGAUCACGCUGAUGAUCAGAUUGCACAUCAACUAGAGGAAGAAGUGCAGCCCCUGACAUUGCAGUCUCCAAGCGGCGAGGUGGACGACUCUCAAAUUCUGCCAGACGAAAACGAUGUCGUGGUAGACAAACGGUUGUCUGAUGAAGACGAUGAUGGCACGGCCAGGCGUGUAGAUAACACUUUUCCAAAUUCCGAUGUGUAUUCUACAGGAGGGAGAAAUUUUUAUUCAUACCAGGUUUUCAAUAUUGACGGCGAAAAAGUGCAGUUAAGAAAAUACAGGAAUAAGGUCAGUUUGGUCGUCAACGUUGCCAGUGAGUGUGGAUUUACUGAUGGUCAUUACAAAAGUCUUGUGAGAAUGCAGAGUAUGUUGGGAGGAACCGGGAAAUUCAAUGUCUUAGCGUUUCCUUGUAACCAGUUUGGUGCCCAAGAACCAGGGAAUAAUAAUGAAAUAAAGAAUUUUGCUGAACAAAGGUACCAGGUGAACUUUCCCAUGUUUUCGAAGAUACAGGUUUUGGACUCAAACAUUCCUGAAGCAUGGAAGUAUUUAGAGGAGAAAUCUGGGAAAGUGCCAAACUGGAAUUUCUGGAAAUAUCUGGUAAAUGACGACGGAGAUGUUGUGGAUGCUUGGGGCCCAUGGACAUCAGUAGAGGACAUAUUUGAUCAAGUCAAGGCUGUUGUAGACCGUAUAUCUAAACCAAAGGACCCAGAAUUACCAAAUGUAGUAACACAAGAUAGAACUGAGUUAUGAUCCUUUGGUGUGUAAAUGUAUCAUAUUUAGUCUCAUGAUAAAUAAGAUCGGUGUUCUGGCAAUAGCACUGACACAGGUCAACUUGCACUUGUGGACUUGAGUUGUCCAAGGGUAUGUCCUGUGAAUAAUGUGCAGGGUGUGUUGUUGUCUGGAACAUUUUUCAGCCGUAGGCACUUUGGAGCAGUGCUGGUUUUUUCAGCCCAUGCAAUCCAGAUUCCCCAGCUCCAUUGACCUGAGGGCCUGUGUGGCAGUUAGUUGUUGACGGCACACUGACAUGUAGACCUACAUGAAGUUCACAGGAGGCCAUUUCCCUACCACCAAUAUGGCAGCUUGGAACAAUUUUUCAGGAUAACUUGCCAAAGGUUGAUGGUUUUUUCCGAGCAGUCCAGUUCCCUCCACCCUUAAAACUGUCUGUCAUCAUAUAGGUAGAAAAUCCUUGAGUGUGGCGUCGCACAACAACCCAAGAAAUCAAUGUCAGUCUGUCUUAAGAGAGAUUCAAUACAUGUAUGGCGGACAAACUGUGUUCAACUUCGGUUGUUUUGCUAAGAUAACAGUGUGUCAUAUUUAUUUAUUUGUUUGAUUGGGAUUUUACACCUUACUCAAGAAUAUUUCACUUAUACGACGACGCCAGCAUUAUGGUGGGAGGAAACUGGGCACAACCCGAGGGAAACCCACGACCAUUCAUCGGUUGCUGCAGACCUACCCACGUGCGGCCGGAGAGGAAGCCGGCAUGAGCUGGACUUGAACUCACAGCGACUGCGUUGGUGAGAGACUCCUGGCUCCAAGUGUACACUCUAUUGCCUAGUCACAUCAUGUAGCCUGAUCCCUAAAUACAUGUAACUUGAAAAUGAGCUGCAAACACGAAUGUUGCAGAAAUGACCUACAUGUACAAACUGCAAUACAUUUCAGGUAUUGUUGGCAUGAUACAGCACAAGUAGAUCUACGUAUAUUAACUUGCCAGAAUAAGUCCAAAGUCACACAUUAUUAUAAUGUGAAAGUGAUCUUCAGGAUACUAUACAAUACAUAACCUUUUGAGCACUGUAUGAAGCCUGUUUUGAAGGAUUAUGUCAAGUUUUUUGUAUUGUGAUACAUGUAUUAAAACAAUAAUUGAAAUAUAUUUUGCGAUAAACUCUCCAAAAAUAUCCCCAGCCUUAAAGAAAUUCCUUGUAGAAGAAAUAAUCUAAGCAAAUGCCAGGUGUGUGUUGUUUGCAGGUGUGGUCCUUUUUGCAUUAUCAAUUAAUUUGAUAAAAUCUUUUUAUUUUUAACAUUCAUUUUAUUUUAUUAUACAUAUUAAAGUUGGCAUCUGCAUGUACAUCACUAAUUUCAUUAGGUAUCAUCUGUUGGUGAGAAAUUAUUUUUUAAAAUGGUUUAUUUGCACCAUUGACAAAUUUAUCAGAUAUUUGUAAGGAUAUCUUGUUUGUUGAUUGUUAUUGUUAUGGUCGUUAUGACUCAAAUUGUGCACAUGUUUUACUUAUUUGCUUUUAAUUAAACACAAUCGUG